CCAUCAACCAUCCUUCUGCAAGCCAGCAAGUGGACCAGGUACAGGCGCAACGCAAGCAUGUCAGCGCGACAGCGCUUGAAUGCAAAACGACCGGCAAGGCGAGAUCCUGGAUCACGGGCUCAGCUGCUCUUGAGCGAUCAGGAUUUUGAGACGCAGGUGCAGGAGAGUUUCUCACCUCCGACCACAACGCACGCAGCUAUCCGUCAGCUCAGCCUCACCGUCCAGCGACAGCGGGAUGGCGACUCCUUCCGCCUUCCAAGUCUCGCAUCUAUGUGUCUACAAGUGGCGGCGCACAACUUCCUCACCCACAUUCUUCCAUCGAGGGACGUCUUCGAGGCUGCAUCGAGUGGCAACAGACCUGUGCAAGUAGCGAGCCGCUCUUCGAGUGCGUCUUCAAUGAGCCGUCCUCGCGUCGUAGGCAGAGGCAUAGGCGGGCGGCGGAUCAUGGACGAGGAGACCGAGGCUGGACGUGAUUGGCGUCCCCCAAAGAAACAGAAGCGCGCCCGCGGUGGGCGGAGGGGCAACUCAAGCGACAGCGAUAGUGACAGCAAUGAUGGCAACGAGGUAGGCGUGGCUGCUACCCCGAGAUCCAUGAGGACUACACGAGGCCAGACAUCCAAUACCGCUUCACGACCAAGGAAUCCGGCUCCCUUUACACGGCCAGAGCUCGACGACCUGACACGCUCAAAUCACCAACUCCUGAAAGUGAUGCCCGACCGUCAUAUCGUAAAGCUUCUCCGCCUUCUUCGCACGCACAGCUCCUCUGCUCUCACGCGCCACGUCUUGACCACCUACUUCGUCACAGGCCGAUCCGACGUCGAGUUGGAUGCAGGGAUGACAUUACUCAAGGACAGGCCACAGGAGAUCAAUUUGAUGGUCAAAUCGCUUGCUUCUCCCUCCGCAGGGACGGGGGCGACGCUCAGACGACUGAGCCUCUCAGGGCUCACUAGAUUGGAUCCGACCGCUCUCGCCUCUGCAUUGAAGCGGUGCGACUCACUCGAGGAGCUGGUAUUGAAGGGAUGCGUGCAGGUCAACUCGACUUGUGUAGCCGCCUUGACCUCCACCGCCUCACGCCACACGCUCCGAAUAGCAAAUUUCAACUUCACCGAUAUUGGCCUGGAGGGCUUCACCCUGCUCGCCUCCAAAUGCUCAAAUCUGGAAGUUCUCAAGCUCGCCAGCGUCACGGGGCUGACGGACAAAUCUGUUCCUGAGGCCCUGCGAAAGGCCACAGAGACAGCAGAGGGAUUUCCCCCUUUGGCAAAGCUGAAGACGCUCAAGCUGAGGAAGACGGGCGUUGGCCCGUUGGGCAUCUCCGCUUGUGUGCAGCUCUGCGGUAAGACACUGGAGAACCUCGACGUCUCCUCGCUAGGCUUGAUGACCGAGAGUGGCAUCAGGACGCUGGGAGCUGUCCUCGGUGUACAGCACCGCUCUCAGCACGCCGACAGCAGCUAUGAUCUGCCUCCCUUCGGCUCAGGUCGCACCCAGUCUACUGUCCUACCUUCCUCCCCGCUGCGACCUCAGCUGCGCAAGCUCAACCUCUCAAGCAAUUUUGCGCAUCAGUCCACCCUGCACAUCCGGUCACAGGAGGCUACGUACGCCAUCGAAUAUCUCAUGCGGUACCUGCUACCUGCCUUCGCAGAUACACUCGAGGUGCUCUUGCUGGAUGAUCUGGCUAUCACGGGGGUGGAGUGGGAUGUGCUAGAGGGCGAGUGGUGGCCAGAGAGGAAGAGGAGGGAGGCUGAGCGAGAGGAGACGAUUGAGUCUGGUGCAGGUACUGCAACAGGCGACGCAUUGGGCGGCACAGUGGUAAAGACGGAGGAUGGCGGUACCGAGGUCUACGGCGGCGUCAGCACUAUUGCUCCUUCACUCUCAACCAGACGACCCCUCGCAGCGCUACGCCGCCUCUCCCUCUCAGGUAAUCAGCCCAGCAUUCUACGCUGGCUCGAUCUCUGGCGGCUUGACUAUCUCUCUGUAUCCCCCACCGAUUCGCCCCGUCUUAUGUCAAGCGUAGAAGAGCUCGAUCUCUCCCGCAUUGAUCUGCGCUCAUCCACUCAAGCCCGCUUCCGCGGACAGGGCGGCAGCGCCUGGUCGUACUACCAGCGACCGGCCGGUCACAGCACGGAGGACGCGACGCCUCCGUGCCCUCGUAGUUGGGCGAACUUGCGCAAGUUGGACUUGUCGGGCACGCAGCUUGGGGACAGGGAGCUGGAUGUGCUUCGCACACGUCUCUGUCCUGCCUUACUGCGCUCCGCUGAAGCAGGCACGACCACGCUAGGUACAGACGACGAGACCGAGCCGCAUGCUGAGCGAGGCUGGGUAGGGGACGCGGCCCCUUGGGAAUUGUAUACGCGAAGAGAGGUGGAGAGGCUCGGCGAGCCUACGGGGGAAGCGCUGCUGCGGUACGAGAAGUCGGCAUUGCGCUCUCUGUCCCUUGCUGGAACAAAUGUGAGCGGAGAGGGGGUGAAGAGGUUGGUUGCCCCGCAGCAGCAGAAGGCACCUUGCCCCUACGUCGAGGUGCUCGACCUCACGGGCUGUCGUGGUGUGGCGGUGAGGGAGCGAAGAGGAAUAUGGGACGUGAUCGAGGCGGAGGCUGAGGAUGUGGCACAAUGAUCGAGAAGAGAUACCACGAUGGAAGGCAUUGCAGAGGAGGGACAUCUCGCAUUGAUAUCUACAGGUCACCAGGCUUCUCCUCCCUCCCACAUUGCCCUGUAUGUACCUUAGAAUUGAAGCAAAUUAACGUUCUGCCCCUGCUGCUG